AUGUCAAGCGACGAGAUGCCUAAGGAUGAGGGCUUAUCUCAAGAGGAAGAACAAUACUGUAAUGUGUUUAUUCCAACGAUUGAGCACUCUUUGCGUGUUUUAUUACCAAAUGGUGUGGAAACUACUGUAGGGACAUUCCGACUUCUGGCUCUGGAGGCUGCCCAUCGGGCGUCCUCAUCUACUUCGACUCUAUCCACUUCCAAUACGGCCCCGCGGCGAGGGGAUGAUAUUCGGUUAAUCUUUCGCGGCAGGGAGCUGCGGCAUGAACAGGAUGGGGAGCGGCUUUGUGGGUUUAAUAUUCAAUCAGGUUCUUGUCUUCACGGGAUGUUAACCCAUCGCAUGGCAUUGGGUGUGGAGGAGAACACCCUUGGGGCGCGCGCUCGUCGAGGCGUGGAGAGCGCGAUCGCCUCCGCGGUGGGGGCGAUGUUAAAUCGCAAUCCCCCCUCCUCCGAUGCCGCUCCGCACGAGGAGGUUCACACUGAAAGUGAGGGGAUUCGUGGAGGGGGCGGGGCCCUGACAUCCUCCCCCCCGCGCAAUGACUUACUGCACGCCCUUCACGAAGAGCGAAUGCGGGUUCGUCGGGAUGCCGAGGCCCCUGCAUCCGGUGCGGACGGCAGGGAAGGAAGAAGGGGGAGUGGGAGAGAGGGGGCGCCUCCGGCGGAGGAUGCCGCCCUCCAUCAUUUCCCCGACGAUCCGGGGCGCGUGCAGGUGGAGAACUUAGCGGGGCAACCCACCACCAUGCCUUCAGACGACGAUGAGGCGGCGGGGUUUCGGACAUUUUUCAGACACUCCCAAAAUGUUAUUUCCUUGUCUCUGAUCUCUGGCUUCCUUUUUGGCCCCGUCGCGCUGUUCCUUCCCUUUGAACGUUUCGAACGAGGCUCCGUCAUUGUAGGAAUGUUGCUCAAUGCGUUUUUUUUUGUUGUUAUAGUUGCGUCCAUAGAUUUUUUUUCCCAAAUUUCUAGCGCAAAACAAAAAUAUUUGUCAAAAAUUUUGAAUGAAUGUUAG